AUGGACAAAUUAAUUAAGCUUCAAUUAGCGGACAAGUUUUUGAUCGAGGAAAUAGUCUCACAUUUUCUUGAUGACACACGUGAAAACAAGCCAAAGGCGUUUUACAAAGAGGCUCUAGAUGACAUAGGGGGCCUGUAUGCGGAGCUGAAGAAGAGGCAUAGACAAAUAUUGGUUGCAUCAUACACUGAAAAAAAUGCGGACAAUGUAAAGUACGCUUACUUGGAAAAUAGCGUUUUCAACGAAAUAAAAACAUUUUAUCAACAUAAACAUCAAAUGAUAGAAGCUGAAAUGAAAACCAAAUUCCCAGAGAGACCACCGGAGCUAAAGAUGGACCCAAAUCAAAGUGUAAGCCAAAGGGUGGAUGUUCCCAAUAUUUCAAUAAAUUUGCCAAAAAUCACCUUGGCAAAAUUUGACGGCGAUUAUCAAAAGUGGCCUUCGUUCUAUGAUCUUUUUAAAUCUUUGGUCCAUAAUAAUGAGAUGAUUCCAGCGGUCCAGAAAUUACAGUACCUCAAAUUGCACCUUCCCGGUGAACCAGAGCAUUUGUUGAAAGCCUUUCAAGUAACAGAGGGUAAUUAUGCUGCCGCAUUCAACAUGUUGAAAGAAAGAUAUGACAACAAGCGAGUAUUAGUUAAUACUCAACUUAAAUUGCUACUCAAUCAAAGCUUUGUAAAUCAGGAGACGGCUACGGCAGUUAAAAAAUUACUGGACACUACUAAUGAAUGCUUACAGGCAUUAAAGAAUCUACAAAUAGAUGUGGAGGGCUGGGACAUCAGCUAUGGCGGAACAAUAACAAAUAUACACGGUGUAUCAGAAAGCAACAUCGGCCAAUCACUAGCAAAAGUGGAUGUCAUCAUACGAGAUCUAGGGGAUUCCAGGCAGGUGCGAACUUCGGCAUUGGUUCUCAAGAAACUGACCAACUUGCUACCAGAGCGUAAUAUUCAAACCAAGGAGUGGUCACACAUAGACGGAUUGAUCCUAGCUGAUCCAAGUUAUUUUGCGAUGGGAAAAAUAGAUGUACUCAUCGGAGCAGACAUUUUUGGCCAAAUUAUUUUGGAGGGACUAAGAAAGGGUCUCCCUGGUGCACCAAUUGCUCAAAAAACUAUUUUUGGAUGGAUCAUAACGGGCAAUGUCGAUCAACAAAGUGUCAACACGACAUCAAUAGAGACGUUCCACAUCCAAUCCGAUUUAGAUGAUAGUAUCAGAAGGUUCUGGGAGUUAGAAGAAGUACCGGAACAAACAAUAUUUACAGAAGAGGAAUUAUUGUGUGAAAAGCAUUUUUCUGAAACAUUUCGUAGACUUGAGGAUGGACGCUAUCAGGUUGAGUUACCUUUUAUACCAGAUGAGCGUCCCAUAUCACUUGGAAGUUCGAGACACAUUGCGAUUGCCAGGCUUUUCGGCAUGGAGGAGCAAUUUUCAAAAAAUGAGGUAUUGAAAGACAACUACAACAAGUGUAUAGCUGAAUAUUUGGAGAUGAACCAUAUGGAGCAAGUGAAUUCAAUGGAAUUAAAAAAUCAACGACAACAAAUCAUCUCGAAUUAUUUGCCACAUCACGGCGUCAUAAAGGAAAGUAGCUCAACUACAAAACUACGAGUGGUUUUUGAUGCAUCACGGCCUACUUCAAAUGGUUCAUCAUUAAAUGACAAAACAUUAAAGGGCCCGGUCAUACAAGAUGAUUUAUCUACUCUUCUAUUACGUUUUCGAAAAUAUAAAAUUGCAUUUACAGCAGAUUUGGAGAAGAUGUAUAGGCAAAUCCGAAUCGCACCGCAACAUGCCGAUUAUCAAAGGGUAGUCUGGAGAGAUUCUCCAAGUCAAUCGAUUCGGGACUACAAAUUAACUACAGUAACAUUUGGUACAAAAUCAGCACCGUUUCUAGCAACACGAGUAUUAAAACAGUUGGCGAUAGAUGAAAAGGUAAACUAUCCUAUUGCAUCAAGAAUAACGUUGGAUUCAUUUUAUGUGGAUGAUCUGCUGUCGGGUGCGGAUUCUAUCGAAAAGGCAUUGGAAAUGCAAAAACAAUUAUUGAACAUGAUGACUUCUGGUGGAUUCUCAUUGCGCAAGUGGUCAUCAAACGCAGCUGAGCUACUAGAAGCCCUUUCACAAGAACAUCGAGAAAUCAAUUGGCCUUUAAAAAUUGAGGAAGCUGAAACCGUCAAAACAUUGGGCAUGCAAAGGGAUCCAGCAAACGACCAAUUUUCGUAUAAAAUUUUCCUACUGAAAAAUUAUCCACAGAAAUGGACAAAGCGAACAAUAUUGUCGGAGGUUUCAAAACUAUUCGAUCCUCUCGGCUGGUUGGCACCUUGUAUCAUUAUAGCCAAGAUAAUGAUACAAAAAUUAUGGCUUUUGGGUUCACUACGUAUAAACAGGUGGUUCUACUAUUCAACAUCGGCAAAUAAAAUAGAAUUACAUGAAUUUUGUGAUGCCUCGAUAAAGGCGUAUGCUGCGGUGGUCUACCUGGUUGUCAUAGACGAAGAGGGAGGCCGAAAAACUAGCAUGUUAACUGCAAAAUCAAAGGUAGCUCCGAUAAAGACAAUAUCUUUGCCGCGACUAGAGUUGAGCGGCGCAGCAUUAUUGGCGAAACUUAUGAAAUAUGUCCAGCGAGUAUUGAAAAUUCAAAAUAUAUCGAAGGUGCAAGCUUGGACGGAUUCAGAGAUCGUGUUGGCUUGGUUGCGGGCUCACCCGAGCAAAUGGACCACGUUUGUAGCAAAUCGGACCGCUGAGAUACAUCACACAUUAGGCAAAAACAUAUGGCGUCACGUGCCCUCAAAGGAAAACCCAGCAGAUUGUGCUUCACGGGGAAUGCAUCCACCAGAUCUUAUAAACUUUAAAAUGUGGUGGAACGGCCCAGAAUGGUUACAGAAAUCGGAGUCACACUGGCCAAUUAAAACACUACUCCAAGAUACGGAUAGCGAGAUACGAAAAUCGACUCUGUGUCACAACACGAUCAUAAAUGAUAAAGAAUGCAACGAGAUUCACGAAUUGGAAACACGAUAUUCAUCAUUUACGAAACUCAUCAAUGUAACGAGUUACAUCAAAAGAUUCAUCGCCAAAGUAACCGAGAGAAAUCUAAAUUGCAAUACAUUCAUAUCGGUGUCAGAAUUUAACGCUAGCGUGGAGAUGUGGAUACAAAUAGUGCAACAUAAACAUUUUUUACAAGAAGUGACACAAUUGCGGAAAAAGAAACUUAUUCAUACAAACAGUCGUUUAACGAGGCUUAAUCCUUUUCUGGAUCAAAAUGGAAUAUUGAGAAUGGGUAGCAGAUUGCGACACGCAGAUUUGAAUUACAAUGAAAAAUUUCCGAUUAUAUUGCCCGAUAGAAGUCAUUUUAUGCGACUACUUUUAGAAAAAAUUCAUCGCGAAACUUUGCAUGGUGGUGCUCAACUUCUGCUCAACGUAAUAAAUAGAAAGUUUUGGAUAAUUGGUGCACGGAAUCAAAUUCGACAACAAAUACAUAAAUGCGUCACGUGCUAUCGACAGCGGGCUGCAGUUCAAAAACAGCUUAUGGGGGAUUUGCCUGCUUUUCGAGUUAGGGCUAGUCGGCCAUUUACACAUACUGGCGUUGAUUAUUGCGGGCCAUUUGAACUGAGAACUCAUAAAGGCAAAAAUACAAGGACAUAUAAGGCGUACAUAUCUAUUUUUAUAUGUCUUGCAGUUAAGGCCAUACACAUCGAGCUGGUCACGGACCUUAGCAGCGAGGGAUUCAUCGCAGCAUACAGAAGAUUCAGUAGCCGACGCGGCAGGUGCGAGUUACUCUAUUGCGAUAAUGGUACUAAUUUUGUCGGCGCUAGCAAAGAGUUUGCAAAGCAACAUAAACAGAUGUUACAACAAUUAAAAUCAGAAUUAGCACAAGUACACGAACGUGAGGGGGUGGUUUUCAAAUUCAUACCACCUGGUUCACCUCACUUUGGCGGAUUAUGGGAGGCUGGUGUCCGCUCUACAAAGCAGCAUCUUAAAAAGAUACAUAUGAGGAGGACAUAUGAGGAAUUUUCAACGGUCCUAACUUAG